AUGACCACGGAAAACAAGAUGCGCGCGGUAGUGUUUCACAGCCCUUAUAAAGUGGCGGUUGAAGAACGACCAAUGCCGAAAAUCCAAGAUCCGGGAGACAUUGUCGUCAAAGUAACAUACACUGCGCUUUGUGGAAGUGAUCUCCACACAUUUCGUGGAAUAGAACCCGCCGGUACGGGCUUUGUUAUGGGCCAUGAAGUUACGGGUGAGGCUGUUGAGGUCGGGAGUGGCGUUAAAUCUAUCCAGAAGGGCGAUAUUAUCGUGAGUGCUUUUACGACUUCUUGUGGCGAGUGUUUCUACUGCAAGCAAGGGUUCUCCUCUCGCUGUGAGAAGAGCGUGCUUUUCGGGUGUGAUCAUCUAGAUGGAGCACAAGCCGAAUACGUCCGCAUCCCAAAUGCAGACGGAACGGUGAUGAAAGCCCCCGAAGGUGUCGAGGAAAAAUACCUCGUGCUCAUGGCAGACAUCUUCCCGACAGGCUACUUUGCGGCCAGCAAUGCCUUUAAGGGGUACACCCCAGAACAAAUAUCCGAGCAGACAGUUGUACUAAUCGGCUGCGGUCCGGUCGGGCUCUGCGCACUGAUCAAUGCCCUGGAGUUCAAGCCUAAGCAUCUCCUUGCUGUGGACUCUAUUCCGUCAAGGCUUGAGCUGGCAAGGUCCCUUGGGGCUGAGCCUUGGAACUUCCAGCAAGACCGAGAAGGUUUGGAUAAGCGAGUGAAGGAACUGACAAAUGGAAGGGGUGCGGACGCUGUGAUUGAAGUAGUAGGGUUGAGCCCGGCACUGAGGACUGGCUUUGAUCUGCUGCGUCCUUGGGGGACGAUCAGUAGCGUUGGUGUCCACAACGGAGAAAUCCCAUGGGCUGGAAACGAUGCAUAUGACAAGAACCUGAGAAUCCAAAUGGGUCGAUGCCCCGUGAGGUCGGUAUCUCCUCAAGCGUUGGAAGUCUUAAAGAAGAACCAACAUAAAUUAGGAUUCAUGGCGGAUAAGAUCAUGCCGCUGUCUCAAGCUGUAGAAGGCUACGAGCUUUUCAAUGCAAUGAAAGUGCAGAAGGUGAUUUUCACAGCUAGGGAAUAA